AUGGCCUCCGUGACUGCUCUUCUUGCCUUGGCCGGCAUGGCCGGCAUGGCCGCUGGUGCUACCAUCACCACCACUGAGCCGUCGUUGGCCGACAUCAAGGCUGCCCAGGCAACCACCGUGCCUCAGACCUGGACUUCCAAUAUCGAGGGCAAGGCUUUCAACCGUUUCUAUCAGAUCUGGCUGGAGAACGUCGACUUCGUCGAUGCUGCCAAAGACCCCAACCAGAAGUGGUUGGCCAAGCAGGGCAUUGAGUUGACCAAUUUCUAUGCUGUUGGUCAUCCUUCCCAGCCGAACUACGUUGCUACUGCGAGCGGUGACAACUACGGCAUGGACAAUGAUGACUUCCAUAACAUCCCUGCUAAUGUCUCGACAAUCGCCGAUCUGUUGAACACCAAGGGUAUCUCGUACGCUGAAUACCAGGAGCACUUGCCCUACCCUGGCUUCCAGGGAUUCAACUACUCCAAUCAGGAGACCUACGCCAAUGACUACGUGCGUAAGCACAGUCCUUUGGUUUCGUUCGAGUCAUUCACUGCCAAUGACACUGCUCUUCGCCUGCUGAAGAACUUCACCUCUUUCUAUGAUGACUUGCACAACAAGGAGUUGCCCCAGUGGGCCUUCAUCACCCCUAACAUGACCAAUGAUGCUCAUGACACCAACAUCACCUUCGGCUCCACCUGGCUGCGUGGUUUCGUUGAGGGCCUGAUGAACAACACUUACUUCUGGGACAACACGCUUCUCCUGCUGACUUUCGACGAGACGGAGACCUACGGAGUUCCCUACGACGAGGCGUACGCCGACCAGAACCGCAUCUUCAGUGUUCUCCUGGGAGGUGCUGUCCCCAAGGACCUGAUUGGUACUAAGGACAGCACUUUCUACACCCACUACUCGACCAUUGCCUCCGUCGAGGCUAACUGGGGCCUUCCUUCCCUCGGCCGCUGGGACUGCGGUGCCAACCUGCUCAAGCUCGUCGCUGACAAAGUCGGCUACACCAACUGGGAUGUUGACACGACCAACCUUUGGCUCAACGAGUCUUUGCCCGGUCCUCUUUCCGAAGACAAGCUCUCCCACUACCGUGCCAGCUGGCCCGUCCCCACCACCAACGCGACCUGCUCGUCCGGUCACGGCAUCCUGAAGUCCGUCGUCGACGCUUACAAGCACCAGGCGCCCACCUACAACUACACCGCGCCUUUGCCUCACGAUGCUGCCUACGGCCUGGAUGUGAACAUCCCUUACUCCCGCCACGGCACUACCUAUGUCACUGGUGUGAACUCUACUGGAACUAUUGCCUUUGACAAGUCUUCCAACUCCUCUGCCACUGGCUCUAGCAGCAGCUCUGCUCAUUCCUCGACCGCCACUGGGAACGGUGCAGUUUCCGCUUCGACUGUCUCCGCUGGCCUCCCCGUCGCUGCCAUGGUGGCUGCUCUUGUCAACUUCCUGUAA